AUGGAUAAUGAAGUGCUCGACUUCGAUAUUGGUGUCAGAGUUAGUAGUGGGGGAGAUGUUGAUGACGACGCUAUUGAUAUUGACCACCAUGGUCUCGACGACGAUGAUAUGCUCGACAGCCCAAUUAUGCCUUGUGGUAUCUCUCUCGGCAAUUCCGGAAAUUACUUUCCCAAUCAGGAGGAGCAGCCGGAUCUCGAGCCUUAUGAUGGUCUUGAGUUCGAGUCCGAAGAAGCUGCCAAGGCUUUCUACAACUCAUAUGGAGAGGCUCACAAGGCUCAUUUCAUCAAGUUCAACGUUUUGGAGAUGAGAGCAAAUUGCAGUUGCCAGAUGUUUGAGUUCUCUGGCAUCAUUUGCAGACAUAUAUUGGCAGUCUUCCGGGUCACCAAUCUCCUUACGCUUCCACCUUACUACAUCCUAAAACGAUGGACCAGAAAUGCCAAAAGCAGCGUCAUAUUUGAUGAUUAUAAUUUGCAUGCCUAUGCUAAUUACCUGGAGUCUCAUACCGUCCGAUACAACACCUUACGCCACAAAGCAUCUAAUUUUCUGCAAGAAGCAGGCAAAUCUCUUUAUACUUGUGAUGUUGCAGUAGUUGCUCUGCAAGAAGCUGCCAAGACUGUGUCCCUAGCGAUGAAUAAGGAAGUUAGAAGAACUAUGGCGAACGGGCACUUUAAAGAGACUUCUUUUGUAACUGAUGGAAAACGCAUGUGUUGCAAUGAUGACUGUCAGCAAGAAGUGCCGGCUCAGCCUGAGGACGAAAUGGACAAGAAGAUUAAUCAACUCAGAAACGAGCUGGAAUUAGCAAACAAGAAAUGUGAAGCUUACAGGACUAACCUACUUUCAGUUUUGAAAGAAAUGGAUGAUCAAAAGUUGCAAGUGUCCAUCAAAGUGCAGAACAUUAAAAUUAGCUUGAAGGAUAAUCUGUGAAAUAAGUGACGUGUUCCAACUGC